AUGGCGAGUAAACCAUCAUACAAAAAUAAAAUCCAAAAAGAAUUGCAAUUAUUCAUCAUAGAUCCUCCUCCAGGAAUCAGUGUGGACGCUGCUCAAGCUGUACAAGAUCCCAAUAUAUGGAUUAUAAAUAUGCAAGGUGUAGAUGGUACUUUAUACGAAGGCGAACAGUUUCAAUUGAAUAUCAAAUUUGGUUCAAAAUAUCCUUUUAAACCACCAAAAGUUAAAUUUGUGGGUCAAAAUAUUCCUGUUUAUCCAUUUGUGUAUGAUAAUGGGCAUAUUCAUUUAUCUAAUCUUGCCGAUGACUGGUCACCAGUAUUGACUAUUAAAUCUGUUUGCCUAUCAAUUCAAUCUAUGCUAAGCUGCUGCAAAUACAAGAAAAAACCCGGACUAAAAGAAUUUUUUAGAAAAAGUUGCUACUUUUAAUCCAAGUACAUGUGAAGACACUAAGGAAAUAAAACAAAAUUCUAAAACUACCACGUCGGUACUAUUUUAUAAUAGUUCACAUUAAAAA